CGUAUAUAGUCUUUACCAUUUUGAGCACGAAAGAAGACGACUGGGAGUUGAAACAAUCUUCAGGACGAUAUGCGAAUCGGAUCCACUCCCUUAUCUCUCCAACAAUCGUUGUGAAAAAUUACGAUUCGAACCCUAAAACCCCAGCUUCACUCGUGCCACUCUGAUUUUGAGAUUUUUCUAGAAGGAAAACCUAUGGCUGUUGUGGAAAAUGGUGAUUCGGGGGUGAGCAUGGGAUCGCCGUCGGUUCAGGAAUCAACGGUGGUGGGCGACGAUCAGGGCCAGCUCAAGCCCGGCCACCAUGUGCGGUCCCCCAGCGAUCCUAAGGACAAAAUCAACGGGGACGGCAACGGCGAUGAUGUCUCCAUUUUGCGGACUCACCAUGAUCAGCAGCAAUCAUCCAACACACCGCCGCAUAUGGCUCAGGGCGGUCAUCAACGAUCGGACAGCGUUGGAAGCGAGGUGCAGAGGAAUGGAGAUGUGGAUGCGGUGGAGAGGUUUAACAGGGACAUGAGGGAGCUGCAGGAGCUCUUCUCAAAGCUGAAUCCCAUGGCUGAGGAGUUUGUGCCGCCUUCUUUGACUAACGGCUAUGGUGGCCUGAAUGGGUUUGCUAGCCAUGGCCUCAACGGAGGGUUCUUUACUAACAACACCCUCACCGGCAGAAAUGGACUUGUUAAUGGCAGUAAUGGUCGGCGAAAGAAAAAUUUUGGUCAAGGGAAACGGAGGAUGAACAGCAGGACUAGUCAUGCUCAGCGGGAGGACGUUAUUCGCCGGACUGUCUACGUCUCCGACAUUGAUCAACUGGUCACUGAGGAACAGCUUGCAGCUCUGUUUGUCAAUUGUGGCCAGGUUGUCGACUGCCGCAUAUGUGGUGAUCCUAACUCUGUACUCCGUUUUGCCUUUAUUGAGUUCACUGAUGAAGAAGGUGCGCGGGCUGCCUUGAGUCUGUCUGGUACCAUGCUUGGAUUCUACCCUGUGAGGGUGCUGCCGUCUAAAACAGCUAUUGCACCAGUUAACCCAACAUUUUUGCCUAGGACUGAAGAUGAGCGUGAGAUGUGUGCAAGGACAAUCUACUGUACAAAUAUUGAUAAGAAGGUGAAUCAAGCUGAUAUUAAGCUCUUUUUUGAAUCAGUGUGUGGAGAGGUUUAUCGCCUGAGGCUGCUCGGAGACUAUAACCAUUCUACUCGCAUUGCUUUCGUUGAGUUUGUGAUGGCUGAAAGUGCAAUUGCUGCUCUCAACUGCAGUGGUGUGGUUCUGGGUUCAUUGCCAAUAAGGGUGAGCCCAUCAAAGACCCCUGUUCGGCCACGUGCUCCUCGCCUUCCGACCCAUUGAGUCAUCUUGGCAGCCAACUGUUCUCAACCCUGGUUAUAAUAUUUAUGAAUAUAUACACACAGCCAUGUAAAGAUGUUUUUUCAUCUCGCUGGUUUCUCUGUUAAAUAUACUUCGCAUCUUUGCCCAGGGUUCUUCUUGCCGUAGGCUUUAUGUUCUUUUUCUAGCAGAUCUAUAGAGUUGGAUGAAACUCUGAGGCUUUGGAGGAUAGUUUGUACUAUUGCUCAUCAAAUGUGGAUUUUAACAACCUUAAAUAGUAGUCUGUAGUGGUACUACUGAACUGAAUUGGUCUUUUAGCCUACUGGUUUCUUCAAAAGUCUGGCAAUGGCUAUUCCAUCAAAUGGUGGUUGUGAAUGCUCAUAGACUAAUUGAUUCGUCUUUCAACAGUUUGUUUU